CAGCACGAAAAGUCAUCUCCAACGAAAAACACUCUCUUGGCCUCUCCUCUCCUCCUCUGUAUUCGUCGCCUUUGAGAAAAGAUGGCACCAAGAGCAGAGAAAAAGCCAGCGGAGAAGAAGCCGGCGGAGGAGAAGAAGACAGUGGCAGAGAAAGCCCCUGCAGAGAAGAAGCCAAAGGCGGGCAAGAAGCUCCCAAAAGAAGGCGGAGCAGCAGUAGCUGGAGACAAGAAGAAGAAGAGGGUGAAGAAGAGCACGGAGACCUACAAGAUCUACAUCUUCAAGGUCCUGAAACAAGUUCAUCCAGAUAUUGGGAUUUCAAGCAAGGCGAUGGGUAUCAUGAAUUCGUUCAUUAAUGAUAUUUUCGAGAAGCUUGCUCAGGAAUCCUCAAGACUUGCUAGGUAUAACAAGAAGCCCACGAUUACCUCGAGGGAGAUCCAGACUGCUGUCAGGUUGGUUUUGCCUGGAGAGUUGGCUAAGCAUGCUGUUUCUGAGGGAACUAAGGCUGUCACUAAGUUCACUAGUUCUUAGAUUAGCUAUGUACUUUCUUUUGUUCAUGUGGUUAAUUGGGCCUCUUUUUUUUUGUUCUUUUUCUGUUUCUCUAGUAUGCAAGUAAGUCUCUAGGGUUAGGGUUUACGCUUGAUCUGUGUGUUUCUAUAGUAGAAAUGAAAUACAGCAGUAGUCGCAGUGUUGUUAACUCUGUUCAA